AUGGAUACUCAGCAAGUUGCUCAGGCUGCCAUUGAAACCUUGCAGCGAAGAAGACUUCAAAAUCGCAAUGCUCAGAGAAACCGUCGCAAACGUCAAGCAGAGCUUCAGCAACAGCGACCGAAAGAGCAAGAAAAACAAACGAAGGGAAGCCCUCAGUCUAAAAAUGGCAAUACCUGCGCUCCAUCUGAUAGUGUUUGCCACGACUACCAGACGCGAAACUUGGAUAAUACGCAAAAUAAAGCGGGAAACUCCCACUUCGAAGAGGGUAUACCACUUCCUGCCUAUUUUGCAUCAGAGAUAUCUCAAUGCGAAGCCGUGGAUUACAGGCGCUACUCUGCCAGUGAGCCCGAGAACUUGACAAAGCAAAACAACAGCCCUAGCAUUGCAAGUUCUAUUUCGAGUCUAAAUAACGUCAAUAUAUUUGAUGCCAUGAUGGAAGAGAUGCCCAAUUUUGCACAGGACCUAGAGCCUGGGAUUUGUUCUUUGUCUGCCUACCCCAGAGCCUCAAAUAAUCUAGAGGAACAUCAAGAAGAGACACCAGAAAAUGUUCUGCAAUGCCCCAGGAAGUUUCAGCAGCAGAUAUCCACUGUGGCCCGAAGAGCUCUCGGGGCGAUGGCUUUAUCCACCGAGAGGAUUGCUGGGACCAAUGCGUCCACUAUACGUUCACUGACGCCACUAUCGGGGACAAACCAGAGCUCACAAAGCGCUUAUAUCACGGAGAAUAAAGGGAAAACAGCACUACACAUUAGUGCCGAGCGUGGCAAUGUGGGAAUCGUACGUUUUCUGCUACUCCACGGGAUCGACAUCAAUACGAGGGACGACUCGGGGCGGACAGCACUACACUACGCAGCACACGGUGCAUACAUCGACAUUGUUUCAGAGUUACUUGUCGCUGGCGCGGAUAUAGAAGCUCGUGAUAAUGAGGGUAGAAGUCCGCUACAUGCCGCGGCUGAUGCCGAGUGCGAGCCUGUGAUACGGUUGCUAGUGCGAGAGGGCGCGGACCUAAAUGCAGCUAUAGGCAUUAGCGGUCACAGCAGGGGCGAGAAGGGGCACUAUAUGGAUGACUACCAGCAGACAAUUACGAGCGAGUAG